AUGAAUGCUAAUUUCUCAUCACCAGUUAAUAAUGUGCAUUAUAAUGGACGGUCAGAUUCAAUCUCAGAUUGCAGUGACCAGAUUGAUGAUGAGGAUGAUGCCAAGUAUCGGAGGAGAGCGGGGAAGGGACCUCAAUCUAAAAAUCUUGUAGCUAAGAGGAAAAGAAGAAAGAAGCUUAAUGAUAGGCUUUAUGCUCUUCGAGUUUUGGUUCCUAAAAUUUCAAAAAUGGAUAAAGCUUCAAUCCUUGGUGACGCAAUAGACUUUACAAAGGAGUUGCUAAAGCGUCAAACAGCUGCUUCAGGUAAUGACAGUACACUUCCUAAAGUGCAGAAUCAAGACCUAGGAAUCACUAAUGACAAGACACAACAAAUGGAGGUGCAAGUUGAAGUGGCUCCAUUAGAUGGAAACGAGUUCUUUGUUAAAGUGUUUUGCGAACAUAAGCCUGGUGGAUUUGUAAAACUGAUGGAAGCUUUGAAUUCAUUGGGUCUGGAAGUGACAAAUGCAAAUAUAACCCAUUUUAGGGGACUUGUUUCUAAUGUGUUCAAAGUAAAGAAAAAAUGUAGCGAGAUGGUUCGAGCUGAUCAUGUGAAGGAUUCUUUGCUGGAGCUAACAAGAAACCCAUCUAGAGUAUGGCCUCAUGAGAUGACAAAAACUUCAGAUUGCAUCAAUGGAGUGGAUUAUAAUCCUCAUCCUCCUCAUCAGCAUCACCAAGAGCACCACCUUCGCAAUCACCGUAUGAGUUUCCACCACCUUCACAAAUAA